GCCCGCCUGGGGCGUCGGUGGCGGCGCUCCCAUGGCGCACAUCACCAUCAGCCAGUACCUGCAGCAGGUGUAUGAAGCCAUCGACACCAGAGAUGGAGCAUCUUGUGCAGAGUUGGUGUCUUUUAAACAUCCUCAUGUUGCAAACCCACGACUUCAAAUGGCCUCUCCAGAGGAGAAGUGUCAACAAGUCUUGGAACCCCCUUAUGAUGAAAUGUUUGCGGCUCCUUUAAGGUGCACACACACAGUGGGGAACUAUGACUUCAUAGAGGCAUACAAGUGCCAGACCGUGAUCGUCCAGUCGUUCUUGCGAGCAUUCCAGGCGCACAAAGAAGAAAACUGGGCCCUGCCUGUCAUGUAUGCAGUCGCGCUUGACCUUCGAGUGUUUGCCAACAAUGCAGAUCAGCAGUUGGUAAAGAAAGGAAAAAGCAAAGUUGGGGACAUGUUAGAAAAAGCAGCAGAAUUACUGAUGAGCUGUUUCCAGGUCUGUGCCAGCGACACCCGCGCUGGUAUCGAGGACUCGAAGAAGUGGGGUAUGCUGUUCCUGGUGAAUCAACUGUUUAAAAUCUACUUCAAGAUCAACAAACUCCAUUUAUGUAGGCCCCUAAUUAGAGCAAUUGACAGCUCAAACCUGAAAGACGAUUACAGCACUGCCAGAGUCACAUAUAAAUACUACGUUGGACGCAAGGCCAUGUUUGACGGUGAUUUUAAGCAAGCCGAGGAGUACCUGUCGUUUGCCUUUGAGCAUUGCCACCGUUCCAGUCAGAAGAACAAAAGGAUGAUUCUCAUCUAUUUGCUUCCAGUAAAAAUGCUAUUGGGUCACAUGCCCACUGUUGAGCUCCUGAAAAAGUAUCACCUGAUGCAGUUUGCAGAAGUCACCAGAGCUGUGAGUCAGGGCAACCCGCUGCUGCUGCAUGAGGCGCUGGGGAAGCACGAGGCCUUCUUCAUUCGCUGUGGGAUCUUCCUCAUCCCCGAGAAGCUGAAGAUCAUCACCUACAGGAACUUCUUUAAAAAAGUCUAUUUGUUACUGAAAACACACCAGCUGUCUCUGGAUGCUUUUCUGGUUGCCUUGAAAUUCAUGCAGGUGGAGGACGUGGACAUUGAUGAAGUCCAGUGCAUUCUGGCUAACUUGACAUGCAUGGGUCACAUCAAAGGCUACAUAUCGCAUCAGCAUCAGAAGCUCAUGGUCAGCAAGCAAAACCCAUUUCCUCCGCUGUCCACGGUGUGUUGAAUGUACACGUAGCCCUGAGGAUGGGGGACAGUUGUUUCCGUUUUGGUUGCGCUGAUGA